GGAAAAGAAAGAUGGAAUCGUGCGCGGCCUGUAGACGGCAACGCAAGAAGUGUUCAGAAGAAUGUAUUUUGGCCCCUUAUUUUCCUCCAAAUGAUCCGGACAAAUUCACAGUCGUGCAGAGAGUGUAUGGAACCAACUAUAUCGUCAAACUGCUUCAAGGUUUGGAUACUGAGCAAAGGGGAGAUGCAAUAAAUAGUUUGGUGUGUGAAGCAAGUGCAAGAGUGAAGGACCCAAUCCAAGGAACUGCUAAAAUGGUCCAUGAAUUACAAAAUAAAAUAGCUGAACUAGAAUCUCAGUUAGUAGCUAAGGAAGAAGAGCUCAUGAAUAUGCAUUCAAAGUAUGACAAUCUUUUAUUCCUCCAGCAAAUGGGAUCUUCUAAUGGUCAAGAUUUUAUAUAUAACAUUGAUACAAUAGAAGAUAUCAUGUAUGAGCAGGAGAAUCCACUAUCAUUAUGGGAGCUAAUAUGAGAUGUAUAUGUUUAUGAGGUUGAGUUAACUAGGCAAUUUUUAAUUCCAUAAACAUGAUUAUAAUAAUCAUGAUCCCAUUGGGUUUAUCUUGUUGAAUGUUUAAAUGAG